AUGAGGUCCUCCUUUGUUGCGCUCGUUCCCGCAUUUGGGCUCUGCCUGAGCAGGCUCGUCCAAAAUCCGAUAGAGCCACGGCAAAACGGUGGCUCUCAAGAUGAAUCAGAAUCAAUUUGCAUCACGUAUGUUACGACAUACCUGGCUACUCUAGAGCCUGGGAAGGCCACUCUCGCACAGGGUGGCGGGCCUUCGUUGAGCGCAGGAGCCUUCCUGGAGAUCCCACCUGGGCUUCCACCCAGAUCCCAUGGGAACCAACCUGAACCACUAUACACGCAGCCUCCACCCAAUCCAUAUGGUAACCCACCAGCACCGCAAGCUCCAUCGCCUCCUGCAGACUCUUAUGGCAGCGGGCCAGACUCUUAUGGAAGCGGCCCAGACUUCUAUGGCAACGGCCCAGACUUCUAUGGCAGCCCGGGAGACUCUUAUGGUAGCCCGGGAGACUCUUAUGGCAGCCCGCCUGAGCAGCAGCUGCCACCCAACUCGUAUGGCAACCCGCCAGCACCGCAACCUCCGUCGCCUCCGCCAGACUCUUAUGGAAACUCACCGGCGCCACCUCCGAACUAUGGCACCGAGCCUGCGCCACCUCCGGUCGUCUCCUACGGUAACUCACCCGUACCACCGGCGGAAACGCUGCUUCCGCCCAACUCGUACGGAAAUCAAGAUUUCUGGAUUCUCAACGUAGAGGCUUUGACGCCUGUGGCACAACCAGCACCACAGAAUCGGCGCGCUGUUUUUGACCCUACAGCAAAUACUAACCUUGGUUACGUUGCCCAAACUAAUGUCACGAAGACUUGUUCCAAUGCAGCCCCUUACCAGCGAAUAAAUGGCCAAUUUAUUGAUCUAUACACUGGGUUGGCAUUAUCCGUCAACGUGGGUGUGCCGUUCAUCAACUUCACACUCGCUGGCCAGGGCUCUAUUUCAACCACGUUUAGUAUUGUGGAUGGUUUAUUGCAGUGGUUUAAUCCAUUGUUCUAUAAUGGCCAGGCUACAUUCUGUGUGGUCGGUAGUGCGAUCUAUGCCACCUUCACCUCGUCGGGACGACCUGCGGGCUGUGUCACCGUCGACCUCGUUUUACUUCCACUGGACAGCUGUGUCAAUGGUGUUGUUAGUGGUAUUCCCCCAGUCACGCAGUUGCCAUCCACGGCCGCGAUACCGUCGGCCACAAUACCAAACCCCGUUUCCACAACUAUCAAGUGGGAUACCCUCAGUUCCAUCGUCGCCAGCUGCUUCUGUCAGUGGAUUGCCCAGUAUACAACCUUCUGCCCCCUCGGCGGCACCAUCGACAGCGUCCCUCUCCCUCAGUUCUCCGCCGGCAAGCGGCACUGGCACGUCACCUGUGCUGCCCUCUGUCAUCGCAUCGCGACUCCAUCAGCUUCCGGCUCUGGGUCAAACCCAACCCAGACUGUCAUUGCUGGCCUGUCGUUCAACAUAGCUCUUUCACAGUACCUGAACAACCCGGCAGACACCAUCACAGGCAUCAGCACUAAUCCUGUGUCGCCUUUCCUGGGCGAUUUACUGGACGCGGCCAACAAGCAAAUCGUUGGCACUGUUCCUCUAAACGCACCUGCGGGUCUCGUUGUGAUGUCGCUUAAUGUGCAAGGCCAAGCUGGUCUGUAUGUCAAGCAGGUUUACGUUCGCGUUGUUCCAUCGAAUAUCAUUACCGUUGGGCAGCCUUUCACCAUUUCGCUGUCGCAAUACUUGGCAAACGCUGCAGACACAAUUACCGGUCUUGUCUCACUUCCGAGUCUACUAGGAUUCCUUCAGGAUGAUUUGAACGCCGGCCAAAAGCAGAUCACUGGUGUAGUCCCGACCACGGCUAUCACAGGGGAGCUCUACGACCUCGUCAAUCUCAUCAACUUCCACACCGCUGUCUUCUGGAGCGCCAUCGUCGUCUGGGGUAUCAAGUGCAUCUUCGCGGUCAUCAGCGAUAUCGUCCACGUCAAGAACCAGUUCAAUUUCCACGACACAGUCUGUAGCUUCUGUUUCAAGCGGCGGAUCAUCCGUCGCCCAAUCAACAACACGUUCUUCCACUUCCUCGUUGUCAACAGCCCUAUCAAGCCAAAGUAUACAAAGUCCAUCAACCAGUGGCUCGUCAAGCUCACGACCAACUUCAGGAGCUACGACAUCUUUGGCAACUUCUUCUUCCCCAACUUUGUCAUCUCCAGGACUGGAACCCCCCCAGACGUUAGUUCCUGUAACAAGUGGUCCCUUUUCAGCAGCUACACCAAGCACUCAGAGUCUUUCUGGAUCAGGCGGCUCAAUAUCGACCUCGCAGUCAAUAGGCGGUUCCAGUACUGGAAUUACUUCCAGCCUUGCAGGCUCAACGAGCCAACCGGUGAGCUCAUCAGGGCAACCCGUGUCGAGCCAAAUUGGCUCGUCUACUGCAGCAAGCCAAUCGCUGUCGAGUUCCCCCGGCCAAACAAGUGUAUCGACCCCACUGAGCUUGUCAACCGAGUCCGUACAAUCUACCUCAAUUCCAGCCACGACUGGAGCGAGCACUAG